AUUCAGAAAAAUUACUAAAAAAAUAAAAAAAAUUCUGAAAAAUUACUAAAAAAAAAUCAAAAAUAAAAUUUGUGCUAAGAACAACUGUAAAUGGCCUAACAACUUGCGGCUGCUGUAUUCAAGGUGCUAAUUUUCACUUUGCUACUACAUUACUGGGAACGGGAACUUAGUUCGUGUACACUUGCGGCACUCGAUGACGAGAGGUGUGUCGAAGACGUCGGUCCCAGCACUCGAGCAGAAAACGUACGAAACGCCAGCGACAAGCGCGACGUGUCUGCUUAAAUAUCAGAAGUGAUUUCGCAUCCAAUGUGCAAACGAAAAGUGGCGACGUGCGAAAGCAGAGCGCAGCGUCUGGCCGCGUAGCAAAAAAUAACAAGAAAUAGUAAAAAAAAGUUGCAAGAAAAAUUAGCAAAAAAAAAAGAAAAAAUCAAAAAGUGUUUCAAAAGUGAAUGUGCACAUAACCUAUAUACUUGUAUAUAUAUAUAUAUACUUACACACCCAUAUACAUAUAACCGCUUCGUGUAAAUAGGAGCUUCGUGUCGCUCCACCCAAAAUAAGCAAUCAUAGCAACUCAACUGAAAAUGUGUUCCAAGGAGUUGCUGCUCUUAGCAUGCCUCUUCCUGCUCGGCGGUCUGCGUUUGACCUCGACCACGACAACCACCACUUUUGUGGCGGCCAUGUCCAUAGCGAAUCAGGAUCUCGAUCGUUAUUUUCGCACGGCGAACGCCACACAGAUGCUCGCCAAUGAAGAGCGUAUCAUCAUAGAUGUCUAUAAUUAUGCCUAUUUGAAUUUCACCUACUUGAAUGAGUUUGGUGAAAUACGUAAGUUGGCGCAUAGUGAGGAGAAGGCGCGUUACGGUGAGGGUAAAGUGGAUAGUAGAGAGGGUAAACUCGUACAUAUAAGCACGAUCGGUAAUAUAAGCGAUGAUACGGCUUGUACGUCCAAGAUCGCCGGCACUAAUGGUGAGAGUUUUCCACCCAAAGGUGUCGGUUGGAUUGCGCUGGUGAAGCGCGGCUUUUGCACAUUCGAGGAGAAGGUGAAACAUGUGUACGAUCGUGGUGCGAUCGGUGUGAUCAUCUACAAUGACAAAGCGGUCAACAAUCUGGAGAAAAUGCAGAUUAGAGAUCAACUGCGCGAUAUAACAGCUGUGAUAACUUAUCUUGAGAUUGGUUUGGAAAUAGCACGAAUCGUUGAUCAAGGAUUGCAAAUGGAUGCCGCCAUCAUAAAAGGCCGAUCCGGUAGCCGACCAUUAAAUACGCUAAACAAAACAUCCGUGCUGUUUGUGUCCGUCUCCUUCAUUGUGCUGAUGGUGAUAUCGCUGGUGUGGUUGCUGUUCUACUACAUACAACGCUUUAGAUAUCUGCAGACGAAGGAUCAGCAAUCGCGCCAACUGUGUUCGGUCACUAAGAAGGCCAUCAUGAAAAUACCCACAAAGACGGGCAAGAGCAGCGAUGACAAGGAUAUGGACAGCGAUUGUUGCGCCAUCUGCAUUGAGGCCUACAAACCAUCCGACUGCAUACGCGUAUUACCCUGCAAGCAUGAAUUUCACAAGAACUGCAUCGAUCCGUGGCUAAUCGAGCACCGCACCUGCCCCAUGUGCAAGCUGGACGUGCUGAAAUUCUACGGAUUUGUGUUCCUUGGCAGCGAGGAAAGCAUUUUGGAAUAUGAACCCGAUCGCCCGCCGGUAGACGCCACCAGUGCUGCAGGUGCUGCAGCUGGUAACGGAAAUCUCAGCGCUACAUUGGCGGCUGGCGCACAACGCAACGGAGCGCUCGGCGAACUCAUGCGCAGCCGCGAUUUUGUGAUUGACUUUCCGCGCAUUUUCGUGCUUGAAGCUGGCGCCGUCACCGGCACACACGAAUCCUUGUUUCCCGCACGUUUGCCGGAGCGCUCACAGUCCUCGCUGUCGCUGGCAAACGCUAAGGAUUGGAUGUCCGCGAUGACUAACAAGCUGGACGAGCAGCACGGGCUGCGACGCUUGCGGCGUGGUGUGGCGCGCGACGGCAUGGAUGAGAAUUUAUUGACGGUCUGCGCGGAGGCGGUUAAGAAGCGUCGUUCACGCUCCGCCGAUGGACGCUACUCGAGCAGCUUUUAUGCGCGUCAGCAGGCCAUGCAAUUGCAGGGCGAACUGGAAUGCGGUUAUGGUGGCGGCGCGGAAGCAGCAGAGUGCGUUAAGCCAGAUGAAGUUGCCAAGUUGCGCCCGAAUGCCACCAUUUUGGACUUGACCGAUGCUGUUUAUGCGGAGUCGCGCCAGCGCCAACAGCAAGUGAACAAUUGCGCGCUGCCACACGCUGAGCUGGAGUAUGCCGCGUCAAAUGCGCGUCGCCGUUCGUUAAGACGCAGCAGCGAACGAGCCAUACAGCUGCAUGAGUUGCCCUAUCGUUCACCGGUGUCCAGCCAAGCUGGCACUCCGGCUGGUAGUCGUGAGUCAACGCCGCCGCUCGAUGUGGCUAUCACGAUUCAGGUGAACGGCGAAGGUAUCGAUUUGGAGUAAAAACGAAAAGACUGUACACAGAGAGGCUGCUGCAAAGAUUUCUUAACAAUAUUUUUAAUUUUGCUUCAACACAUAUGUAUUUACUACACACUGCUUACGUUUCCACCAAAAAAAAAUAGCAAAAAGCAAUGAAAGAGUGAAUUGUUUGCCUAUAAUUGAGUAAUUGGAACUGUUACUUUAAAAUAAAGAACUUGAAUUGAAGAAAGAA